UAUCUGUUUCGCAUAUAUCCAACAUUUGAACAUCAUUCUAUUAAAAAGGAGGAAACUGAUUGGAGAUAAUAUAAAAAUGACUUCCACAUCAUUCAACGUUGGCCUCGGUGACGGUUCCCGUCUGUCCAGCAGGGUGCUUCGCCCCCCAGGCGGUGGACACACAGAUAUAUUCGGUGGGGAGCCCGAGCCAACCCGGGGGCGCCGCCCUGGACCCGCCCAGGCACCGAGUCAAAUAGGUCAAGGCGACGAGCCGGCGAAGCCAACAAACGGUGCAGUGACUCCUAACCAAAAUGGUCAAGCCAUUGAACCCCAAGAGGCCCCUGCCCCCGAACCGGUGCAAGCUCCGGCACCGGCUCCAUCGCCCCAAACACCUCCUGAGUCUGUGAAAUCAGCCCCCGAGUCUGUAAGCCCCAAAGCAGUGACGCCCACGGACCCCAAAUGUGAACCCCCUAAACGCGUCCGUGUUCCCCCCGGUGGAUUUUCUUCUGGAUUAUGGUAAAUUUUUUCUAUUGUUAAGUGUCCUUGGGACCAGUAUUUUAUUUUAGGUUGACUGAUUGCACAUAAAUAUGUAUACAGCAUAGAAAAUAACAUUGUACGUUUUUUUAUAUGAUUUUGUCUAAUUGUAAGAAAAUUUUGUUUGACUCAUAACUCAAGAAUGGAGAAUUAUGGAAUGAAAUUACUACAAUUUAAUAAAAUUACAUAUUUAAUUUUGGUAUUUAAAAAUGAGGUUUUAUGUAAAUUUAUUUAAAUGUAAUCAAAUGCGUUUAUGAUGAUGAGAUGUGCAACUCUGAUCCAAGACAUUUGGCAUAACAUCUUUGUACAAAAAUUGUCAAACCUUGCAAAAGUAAUUUGUAUUUGUGAAAUUUCGGUUUUCCUUUAGAAUAAACAAUCAAAAUAUUAUUUAGUAUUUUUCUUUAGAAAUCAUGUUUCUUUGUCUGUAUACACAUAAAUGUCAACGAAUGUUGUGAAACUGGUCCCCGUUCAGCUAGUGUGGUUCGCUUGAGUCAAUGAUGGUACUUGUUUCAACCCCUCGCAAAGGUAUUUUAUUUACUCAAUGUAUUUCUCCAGUAUAUCUGAUUAUUUACGCAUUUUUUUAAAGAAGAAUUUUAUUUUAUUUUAAACGGUAGUCUCAGCUUUGUGUCAAAGGCUCUUCGUUAGCCAAAUAUUUGUAGACUUCUAUCACAAAAUGGUAGGUUAUGUAAGUUCAUGUAAGGCUAUUGGAGAUUUGAUCUUGUUUGGCAAAAUUUUGGCAAAUAUGACAUUGACAUGUUCCUAAUGCCAGUUUUGGCGUGGUACAGAAAGUUUAUAGGAUGUUAUCUGUAUAAAGUGCUAUUAAAUACUCUUUGGACAGAGUGGCCUUAUAAUGUUAGAUCUAGAAGCGAUUAAAUCGAAUGUUGGCAAAAGGAAUAUGUCCGCAUUGAGCUUGAAAAUUAAGUUAAGCAUUUUAAUACUGUGUCGAACUCAGACUGACGUGUGCCUACACUUGUACUUAAAAUGAUUAGUGGCAAUUUCGCCCUUGUGUUUUUUUAAUUAAUAAACGUAAGUUUUUUACGCCUUCGCCGGCAUAUGCGAUUAUGUAUGAUAAUAAUGAUAAUUGUAUUUUUAUAUGAAUUAAAAUGCAAUAAAAUUUUA